CGUAUCAACAACAUGAUGACAAUGUGACAACUCAACAAUGAAUUUUAAAAGUGAACGGGAUACCUGAAAAGUGUUGUGCUUCCAGAGGCUCCGUUAUUUUUAGUCGACCAGUACUGAGGCACUGAACCCUGUUUUCCCCAGCUCUGAGUAGCCUAUUAAACGGUUAACACAAUAUUUGUGAAAAUAAGUAAGUGAAGACUUCACGCUGGUUACAUAUCUUGUGGUGCUUAUGGAUGCCGAGAUAGUAUCUCCUCUAUCACUAGGUGAUCGCUUGAGAUAACCCAACCAUUCUUCCUACACACAACAGAGAUCAUCACGGACUGAGGUCCUGUACAGAGGAUCUGGCGUUGUCCUGCCUUACACUACUGAUUGUUUGAUUGAAAAGCUGGACAUGUGACAUAGAGAUAGUUUAAGUUGCGUUAAGACAAGUUGCGUUAACAUAUUUAAGACACCAGAUCAAAUGUGCAUUGUUGGUUAAUUAAAUUUAUACUUAAAACAACAAGUGUCAAAAUGUUGUCAUAAAUUACAAAAGAUCUGUUGAAUAAACUGAACUGAGCGAAGAUAAAAGUUUGAACGUUAUCGUAUCAAGUGAGCCAGAACAGUUAUGAUGUCUGAACAUGGUGGUUGCGAGUACGGCAACCUUCUGGAGCAGCGGCCUCCUACCAAGAGUCUCCGUGCUAAACUUGCCACCUUCCUGGCGUCCAUUACUGUAGAGCCAGCCAUGUUCCUUCAUGGCUUGGGAUCGAGUAUAGAAAGCAUUUUCUAUACCAACCUCUGUGUUGAUAAAGUAUGCCUCAAUUAUUAUAAAUAUGGCAAAGACGUGUGUGGCAACUUAGAUUCUGGAAGCUAUGAAUCUCAACAAGAUGCUGUUCAACGGAUGGUAUCGACGUUUGAGGUUUAUAAGCAUUGGGUGGAAUAUAUGCCAGCAAUAUUUGUGGUACUCUUUCUUGGAAUAUAUAGUGACACCCGUGGUCGGCGUCUGCCAAUACUCCUCCCCUUCUGUGGCUCGCUCAUCAAGGCUCUUUUCUUAGUUGCCAACUCCUACUGGUGGUCCUGGCCGUUGCCAAUGCUAAUAGUCUCAUUCUUUCCCUAUGGUAUCUCGGGAGGUAUGAUUGGCAGUUUUGCGGGAGCUUACUCUUACGUGAGUGACGCAUCUGUUGACAAGUCUCGCACAACCCGUUUGGCCAUCACUGGAGCGAUGAGCUUAGUAGCCAUGUCCCUUGGAAAGGUUAGUGGGACAUACAUCUACAGCAAAGGAGGGUACAUUGCGAUUUUUAGCACCCAAGCUAUAUUUUACGCCGCCUCUAUACUGUAUAUUAUAUUAAGACUGAAAGAGAAUCCAAGUGGAUGUAGCCCUGAGACCAUGGAUUCGAGAAAAGAGUUGAAGCAGCGCUUGUUGUCUAUUACGACCGUCAAGAGGACGCUGAUGGUCGUGUUCAAGCGUCGGGAAGCUGGUGGUCGAGGCUUCAUCAUUGGCCACAUUGCCGCCAUCUGCUCUAGAGUGUUUACCACUGGCAGCCUUCAGAUGUUCUUCCUGUACAUGAGGAAGAGGUUCGACUGGAACUAUUAUACAUACAAUAUGUACUCCAUCUUAACUAUACCCGUUCUUUUUAUUGGGAACUUCAUACUGCUGCCUGUGUUGAGUUACCGCUUCAAAGUCAAAGAUGCUAUGCUAGGCUUCAUCGGAGGAAUAUCGUCACUCUUUCACAAUGUGAUGUUGGGCACAGCCCCCUACGCCUGGAUUGUCUACCUGGCGUCGGCAGUAUCACUGUGCUCCUUCAUGUCUAUCCUGUCGUCCCGGGGUGCACUGUCCAAGCUGGUGGCGAAGGAUGAGCUCGGGUCAACAUUCGCGGUGUUGGCGCUGGGAGAGACCCUCAUUCCUCUGGUGUCAACACCAGUCUAUACUCUCAUCUAUAAUAACACGCUCGACAUCUUUCCGGGGGCCAUCUUCUUACUAACAAGCGGCUUCGAUAUUGCUUGCUGUUGCAUCUACGUUUGGAUGUUGACUAGAGAAGUUCCGCUGAGUGGCUACACGGCUAUCGCCUGAUUGUCAACACCCUUGGCCUUGGCUAUCUUUUGGACACGUUAGAUUGCUGCCGCAAAUACUUAAUCAACGCCUGUUUAGCCCUCUGGAGCUAAUCGCCCUUAAACACCAAAAUAUCGUUAUUCUCUUACAAGUGUAUAUAAUAAUUUAAAUAUAUGUUUUAUCUCUUGCAAGAAUACAACUAUUAUAAUAAUAAUUAAUUGUGUCGGAGGACAGGCAGCCAGUGUGUAUAUAAUAUAUUAGGCUUACAUCGAGGUCCCACCCUCCCGAAGUUCGAACUAGACUGAUUAAUUCCAGGAUACCUUUUUACUGCUAGGUGAACAGCUCAUAUAAAGUCUUACACAGGGUGAAAGACUUUAUAUGACCUGUGGGAGGUCUUAUAAAGCCUGCAAUCAGCCUUCUACAACUGUAUCCUCUAGCCAUAGUGAAAAAUAUUGUUACUAAAAGAUCAUCACGUACAAUUCACAAGCGCGGACAACAGCAAAUCAUACCCAAUAGCGUUCCACAACUUUAUAAGACUAAAGGUGCGUCCAUGCAGCUCCGACAGUGAGCUGAUCAACUAACAGUCCCACAAGCUAAGCCCCCUUUCACUGACCCUUGCAAGCCACUUCAUUCCCAUAAGCAGCUACUGUGCUUUCAUCCCAGAAAUGAGUCAAUCUGUUAUCAAUAGUAUUAUACUUUACGAGAACACCACAAACGUAUUUGUAUUAUCUAUUUGUAUAUUUUUCAACCUGUCUUCGAGGGUUAUAUACCUUCGUGAUAAUCAUUUCAAACCCACUACGUACUUAGUGCUAUUAUCUACUGCCUAUCCAUGGUUAGGCUAGGUUAAGGUUAGGUUAUGUUAAAACAGUAUUAUUCUCAAACAUGUGAAAUAUGAAAUUUAAAAUUGUUUGAAUAUCCCAUAGAAUUAUCAGAUUAAAGAAAACUUAGACCUUAGAGCUUAUGAAAGAAAACGAGCUUACCUAGGCUUUCAAUAUUUUAAACAUUGAAUUUUUAUUAUAAUAUAAUUAUAACAUGAGAAUAUUCUCUGUUUAGGACAAAGGUUCACUUGCCUGUUUACAAGUAGACUAUUAUUGGAACUGUAAUAUGCUUUCAGACCAUCACAAAUAUCCAGAUAAGUAUCCAGGUGGUCUAAGAGAGAGGUUGAUGUCUCGAUCUAAUCACUUUAGCCUGAGAAUGGAUUGAUAUUUCUGUAUUCAUUCUUAUUAAAAAGUUUUAAUAUGAUCACACUUAACUUUCUGGUGAUAUCAGCAACCCUGGACCUGUUAGGCAACUAUGGCUAUUAAGUACGACACGUGCAAAGUCUCUCAUUCCUAACUUUAAGCAAUAUUUUUUUCAAUUUUUUUUUUUUGUCUCGACUUAAAUGUUACUGGAGAACUACCAGUUUGUAUAAACAGAUACUAAUAAAGCUUCUGAUUAUA